AUGGACGCGUCAUCCACUGCCUGGCUUGUGGAGGGUGCAGAGGUGGAGCGAGAACUCGAUGAUAUCGGCAACAUAUGGAUCGGUGGCAGGAUCACAAGGGUGAAGGACGGGCGACAGCUGGUCGAUCUUGAAUACUUGGAUGGCUCUGCCGAGCUGGGCGUGCCCCUGUCGGAUGUGCGGCCGCUCCUCCCCAUGUUCACACCUCCUGUGCGACAGAGUCCUUCGGCACCAGCUCCUCCAGCUCCUGCUGAUCCACCUCCGCCUGCUCCGCCUACAGCUCCAAGCGCCCCUUCGCGUACGGUGUCCUUGAGGGAGCGCAUUGCGCAGCUUCGAGAAGAGACGGGAACGCUGGAUAAGAACGUGCAGAAUCUUCGGGAGCGCCAGGAUUCUGGGCUGGCCGCUUUACAAUUUGCGAAUGAGAGUGUUGCCGAAGCUCGGUCUGGCCUCAACCAGAGCAUGCUCAGUGCUGAGGGGUGCCUAUCGGAGAUCCAGGACUUGGUGCGCGAAGCCAAGAUGAUCUUAGGGGAAGUGGCUUGCAGCGCGGGCUUCCGUGACCUCGCAGUGCUGGAGCGGCUUCGGGGCCCAAACUCGAGCGAAGCUGGGCACCAGGUGGAGGGCCAUGAGCUGAUCCAGGCGUGGAUGCCGACGCCUGGAUCCGGAGGGCGGUGCGCCAUAUCUUCCACACUUCGCUUGAGCGGCUAUCCCUGGCCCAACGUUUUGGAGACCGUGGUGGUUUGGGUCCAUCAUCACCGCAGCCUCGGUUUCGCUCCUAUCAUCCUCUUCCUGGAUGAGCCCGAUCCUGAUAAGGCGAACGCCCUUCAGUCAGCUUUGGCUGGGGUGGACGUGGUGCAUGUGCUGAGGGAGGCAGAGAUGAGGGCAGCAUGGCGCGAUCAUGGGGCCUUGUUUGAAGAGUUCGGCAACCAAACCACCACAGAAUUGUCUGCGAAGCAGAUCCUAAAUACAGCCACCGCUGCCCGCCUUUGUGGUGAUGUGCCGUGGCUUUUGUGCAAUCUCGAUCUGGAUGAGGCAAUGUUCUUCACAGGCGGUGGCGUUGCGCAGCAUUUCGGCGACGUCCCAGCCAAUACGUCACAGAUUGUGUACAUAAAUCAUGAGGCAAUUGUUCCCGAGAACCCGGGCAGAACUUGGUUUGAACAGAUGGGGCACUUCAAGCUUUCACCAAUAACAAAGCUGCCCUUUAUAUCCCGAAAGUUUCCUGCAAUUGAUGAAGAGCCACAAAUUCUCGAGCAUCCUGAUGGGACUGGAGAUGCGACGCUUCGCUUUUGGCAGGGCCACAAUUCCCGGCUGUCUGAGCAAUACAAUUUCAAGAAGCGGAGCAGCGGUGGCACAUGCUCUUACUUCGAUGGGUACACGAGGGGCAAAGUCGCCGUUCGCAUCAAUGCCUUGGCAAAUGCCGUGCCUCGGGUGCAUCGUUGGCAGCCUACGGAUCUGAACACCAUUGUGUGCCACCCCGGGGCGGCGUCGAUUUUGCACUACAUCAAUUGCGGUGGCUUGGACUGGUUCGAGGCCAAGUAUCAAAUCCGCGGCUCAGAGGAGGCCAAUCGACUCUGGUUUCACGUCCUGGCGCAAGAGCGUGCCAAGGUGGGCCGGAGCGCACUGAGGGAGCUCUAUGAUGAUGUUCUCUCAAUUCCGCAAAAGGACCUCGAGUUGCAGGUCUCGGAAGGCUUUGCGACUACCUGGAGCUUGGCAGAGGGACCGCAGCCCGGCCUGUUCCAAGAAUUCUGGGGCUGGGCCUGCAUCGGGCUGGGCGGGGGGCUCUUUGUUCACAUGCCCUUGGCGUUCACGCCGAGUUCCAAUGCUUGGGUUCCACGAGCACGUCCAACAGUGCCCGUCGCAAUGAGUCUCGGGCAAUCGUUUGAGGGUCAUCUGCCUGGUGAAUCAGAAGCAGCAGCAUUUUGCCUUGAGUUGCCAGCCGGUGAACGUGGCUGCUUAAUGCUGGAUGUGGUGUUGACAUCGCAGCCACCCUUUGAUGGCGGUAUCUUCCUGUGCGUUUCGGAUGCUGCUGCCACUGACACGCCGAAUUUUCGCUGGGUUUCCCCUAUGUCCGGUGCAGACUCUUUGGGAUGGCGCUGUCAAAUUCUUCCACAUCUUUUGCCAGCGUGUGCCACCGUUUCAGUGUGGCUUGGAGUCGGGAUUAGGGAUGACCCACCCAUCGCACCCUGCAGCGUUGAUGGCUCAGUUGCCUUUCAACAGCUUCUCGCUGACUUUGGUGGCGGCGCUCCCGCCAAUCACUACACAGCUCAUCUCCACUUUGAGCCCGAAUUGGCCAAGCUGCGCCCCGAGCUGCAUCUAGCUUAUUCCAUCUUCCAUAUGGCAUACCAGGCGCUGGACGGACAGGCACUUGCCAAAACAUCGGCCUGUCGCAAUCUUGAGCUGACCUAUGCGGAGGUGGAGUUCGCUCCUUUCGUGGAGCUUCUAGAGCAGGUGGCGCAGCCACAGCCAGGAGAGACUUUCCUGGACCUUGGCAGUGGCACAGGGCGUGGUGUUCUGGCUGCCGCAAUGGCAUUUCCGUAUCUGAACCGCUGUGCAGGCUAUGAGAUCUCAGAACCUCUUCAUGUGUCUGCGGAGCAGGCUUCCGCCAUGUGCAGGGAGAAAUGUGCCGCUGCUGGGCAAGCCAUGGCAAAUGUUGAUCUGCGGCUAGCAAGCUUCACUGGCGAAGCUUGGGAGGGCGACAUCAUUUGGGUGGCCUCUUUGUGCCUCAGGCCGGAAACCAUCGCAGAUGUGCGCCAGCGAGCGCUGGCGCUGCCUCCAGGGGCUCGGAUCCUGACCAUGGAUCCGUCCUUCGGGGAUGGCGUGCACGGCUUUCAGCCCAUCUUCUUCAACGGAGCUACAAAGAUUCCGGUGGAGAUGAGCUUCGGCAGGGCAAGUGUUUUCGCCGUGCGACGCCACGUGAACCUCAGCGACCACCUGACCUACCCACCCCCAGAAAUGCAGAGCCCAUGGCAGAGCACUCAGAGGCCAAGCUCAACACAUGCCAAUGCCAAGUCUCUGAGGCUCAAGUCGAAGAACCGGGGCUGCGCUCGGUGCGGAGACCCCAGGAUGUACGUAGACUGCCGCCGCGGCCCUUCCACUCCAAGUGCGCACAUCGCGCACCUUUUUCGCUUCGCCAGACUUCGUUGGACCAGCCUGGAGAUGGCUGCGGCUCACAGGUAUCUUGCCAGACCUGCGUCUGAUUCGCAGCUGCCAGCCAACGCGCUUGCUGGCUAA